CUUGGUCAUAGGUUGAAAGAAUCAUUAGUAUUGCAAUGAAGGACCACUUUGCAAAUUUAAUAAAUUUUCCUACCUUGCUUUACAGGUUGCAAGUAAUGAAUCUAAGCCAUUCAAUAAAAACAUCAUUAAAUCUAAUGGCUCACAAUAAUGGUAUUCUCGUACACCACCUGAGACAAGCCGUAACCUCGAAACAUAAAACCUCGGCAACAGACACCUUACUCUGACAUUUCACUGUUAGAAAUAAAAUCGUUCAGCCAUUUCAAGACCCAUUUGAAAUUACAGAAAUAAAAUUAAUCCCAAGAUAACUAGCUGGUCUUCAAUUGCCGUUUUGAAUUAAACAUAGGUCUCCAUUUCCUUCAAUUCCCAACCAAAAUGAAAAACUUUGCUGCUUUUGUGAACCUGCACAUUAAUUGUUUGUCAUAAUUCCUGUAUGGAACUCAUUCUUGCAUAUGCAUUUGUAGCACGAGUUUGGGUGUUUUUGCAGUUCACACGGCGCUUGAGACAUGCACAAUAUGGCUCAAGUGAAUGUUCCAAUGCUACUACAGUUUAAGAAUUCUGCUCUCUUUGGAAUCCAACCAAACUCGUUUGUUUGCUUUCAGACACAAAGUAAAAGUAUAACUAAGAAACCAUUAGUGAUUGAAGCCAGAGCCAGAGCAAAUACUAGAAAAGAAAGUGCAAAAAUUCGGAACAGAAGGAUGCAGAAAAAGAUGACAAAAAUAAAAAAGUGUUUGCUCUAUGGAAGCACUCUGCAGAAAUCGUUUCGACAAGAUCCUCCUUGUAGCACUCUUCUUACAAACCAACACGAGACAUGGAAUGCAUCCUUUUCAAUUUCCUUUGUUUUUUGGGGUCUCAUUAGGCUUUUGCUUUCUAUUUUUUUUGUUUUUCUGUUUUGUCAUAACAUGAUUUUAGGAAGCUGCUCAUCGUGUCGGAGAGGCACUUGUCAAAGCUUGUGUUGAUCUCAACAUAAGUGAAAUAUCAUCCUAUGAUCACAAUGGCCUCCAUUCAAGCUAUGGAUUCUUACCAAGAUAAGUCUGUAGCUGAUAUUGCUUCUCUUUUGUGAAACACAUGUGAAGAACUCAUGUUGAAGUCGAUUUUAUUCGGGUAGGACAUCACUUUUCUAGAAUAUUUGGUUGCAAUCUCGCGUGAUUGACCUUUUAUGUAAGAUAAACUUUGAAACAUCUAAAAUUCUUUAUGCCAUAAUAAUAUAUAUUGAUUGGAAUCCUAAUCUGGACAUAC